AUGGCUCCUCUACAGCGCCGCCCGAUGCAACACAUCGACCGCCGAGACCUGUACACAAAUCUCGAAACGCGGAUACAAUAUCUACAAUCGUUCCUUGAUUUUAGUUCACGCGAUAUCGAAAACCUUACUAUUGGAGCCAAGUACAUACGAGCACUCAUCCCAGCCGUGGUGAACAUUGUCUACAAGAAGCUAUUGCAAUAUGACAUUACAGCGCGAGCGUUUGAGACAAGAUCAACAUCAUACGAAGGACCGGUUGAUCCUAAUCUCAGUGAAACAUCGCCUCAGAUCAUGCACCGCAAGAUGUUCUUGCGCGGAUAUUUGAACAAGCUGUGCAGCGAUCCUUCCAAAAUGGAGUUCUGGGAGUAUCUUGACAAGGUGGGCAUGAUGCACGUCGGUCAAGGACGUGCACACCCGCUGCAUGUCGAAUACGUCCACAUCGGCAUUACACUGUCUUUUGUUCAGGACAUCCUGACAGAGGCCAUUUUGUCGCACCCAAAGAUGAAGAUGGACCGCAAGAUUGGGCUAGUCAAAGCGCUCUCCAAAGUGAUCUGGAUUCAGAACGACCUUUUCGCGAAGUGGUACGUCCGUGAUGGUGACGAGUUCACCGACGACGCUCUUGCCCCAGAGAUCGAGCCUGAAGGCUACCUGCACGGGAAGAAGAUUCUGCACGAUGGAAGUGAGAGUGAAAGCGAGAUUGAAGAUGCAACCAUGGCAGCUGGGUCGUGUCCUUUCAAAAAUCUGGCACCACAACCACACGGCGACGGAACAUUGCGGCAGAGCAUGGAGAGGGUAAGCCUAGCUGAGUCUCCACAGAAAGAGGGAGUUUGUUCGCCGGGAGCCGAAAACAUCCGCACUGCUCCAACAUCGCCAAAUGGGCGAACAUGUCCUGCGAGCACGAUACCACGAGCGGUGAGCAAUGCAUAG